AUGGCCUCGCUGCAGUGUCUCGACGCGAAGGACGACCCGCUGCCGCCAAGCUGCCCGCCGCUCGGGCCAACCUCUCAGAAGGCCGACCUGCCCCGGCUCAGCGACGAGGAGCUGGCGGAGGCCGCGCAGAGCGGGGGCAGCCGGGGCUUCGGGGCGCUGAUCCCGUUCUUCGGCCCGCCGAAGCCGCUGCUCAUCGGUAGCCUGCUGCUGCGGCUGCGGUCGCGCGAGGUGUUGCCAGAGGAUGUCGCGUCUGAGGAGGUGACCUCCAUAAUAGGCACGCUGAAGGACGCCGUGUCCUCCAGCGAGCAUCCUCUCGGAGUGGCCGCGCCCAUGUACGGCGUCCCGAAGCGCGUGAUCGCCCUCGGCGAAACGGACGAGAUGCUGGGCAGACUGUCCGAUCGCUCCAAGGUGACCGAGGAGCACGCGGUGUUUGGGCCGUUUGUCAUGCUGAAUCCAGUGGUCACGCGCCGCGCCAGCAGCCAAUUUGCGUACUUCUGGGAGAGGUGCAGCUCCGUGCCCGGGUAUCAGGGCGUCGUCGGGCGCGACGUGGAGGUGGACGUGUCGGGCCUGGACGAGAAAGGCCGAGAGGUGAAGCUCACCGUCCGCGGCUGGAGGGCGCGGCAGCUGCAACACACCGUGGACAUGCUGGACGGUGUGCUGUACGUGGACAGGAUGGAGAGGCGGUCGUUCUGCCGCAGCGCCAAGCUGUGGGAUGUCCCCGACGAGCUGCCCGAGGACGUCCCCUUCGGGACGCGGCCCAGGGCGAAGGCUAGCGCCGGCGCCGGCGCCAGCGCCGCCCGCCGCCCGUCGGCCGCAGGCCCCGCCAAGCGGCGAGCCGCCCCCCCGCUGGCGCGCGCCCGCCCCGCCGGCGCUCCGGCGGCCGCGCCCGCCGCCGCCCCGCCGGCGCGCCCGAGCGCCCCGGCGGCUCCGCCCGCGGACGCCCCGCCGGAUGCCGGCUACGAGUACAUGCCUGGCCUGAGUAGCAGGCACGUUCGCUCGGUGACGCACAGCCGCACGAACCUGCUGGUCAUCCUGCAGGCGUUCCCAGGCAACAUCCCGUGGGGGGUCAUCAUCGUCUAUCUCCACGACUUCCUCGUGCAGGACCUGGGCCUCUCCAGGCACAAGGCCCUGGGCGCCAUCACGACGCUCGCGGCGGCCGCGUUCGCGGGCAUCCUCACCGGCGGCUUCGUCGGCGAGAGGCUCUACGGUGCCAGCAGCAAAUACUUGGCCAUCUUCGGGGGCAUCUGCAAUAUGGCGCGGGCCGUGCCGUUCUUCCUCAUCUUCGGCUGGGCGGACUUCUUCGGCCCCCUGGCGAGCUCCUCGGAGGGCGCCUUCUUCCUGGUCCUCAUGGCUGGCGGCUUC